UAUUUUUGUGGGGGACAUUUAUAUCUAAUUGAAUAUACAAUUAGUACAUUUUUCUCUUCCUUUUUUGCCAUAUGCAUCUCUAGAUCAUUACCAAUGGAAUAUAAGCAAUUUCUUCAGAUCCAUCAGUACCAGCUGGCAAGCAUUCCUGAGGAUCUCUGGGAGCCCCUCUUUCAAAAGCUUGGCCAAGAUCUAUUUGAUGCUGGAGAAUACCUUGAACUUCAUUAUGGAGACCCUUUAGAUAAAUAUUCUCUUCAUGUCAAGAAAGAAGGUGGUCUCAAGAAGCACGGUGAUAUUUUUCUUGUUGACCAUGCCUGGACCACCAAACCUGAAACUUCGCGCGCUCAACUGCUGGACAAUCCACAACUGGUUGAACGUCUUGUUUCUAUGAUGGAUAUCUCAGUCGAUGAAGAUGAAGAAGAAGGAGAAGAGGAACAUACAGCCACUACAGAGGAUGCUGAAGCUGUUAGCAACUAUCCUGAUCUGGAAGUCGAUCAGGCCAUGGUCGAAUUAGUGGCCUCACAGGGUAAUGUAUCUGUGGAUCGUGCCAAGGUCGCGCUUCAAAACGAGAAAGGCGAUGUUAUCGCUGCUUUGAUGUCGCUCACUCUUCAUCCAGAUCAUGACGCUGAAAGCCUCAAGAAGCUUGAAGAAACCAUUGGUGGCCAGGUCAAACUUGACAAAGAAGCCAAGGCAGCCGAAAAGAAGAAGCAGGACACUAUCAACAAGAUUAUGUCAGAGAUGUGGAAGUUCAGUCAAACAUACGAAUACGCUGUUGUUGAUCCUUCUGGUCAGACCAAGAAAGAGAGCGCAUGGUACAUUAUGGACGAAGUAGGAUCAUCAAUGGCCCACUCGGAUACUCCUAACUGUAUUUGCGCACCCUUCAUCUAUGUCGGACGUGGAACAGUUUCUUACAGUAUUAUCUACCCAAUCGAAGACAUUCCAAAGGGUGGAGCUCUAACUCGUGAUUUCGUCCCCGCGGAUAUCAAAGAUCCCAUCACUCGCAAAGCCUAUCUUCAACUUUUCAAUGGUUCUGCAGAUGCUGCAGAGCUCAUUGCCGUCUAUGAGUCUGACAAAAUGGAGGACAAUGAGAUCAAACCUUUUGAACAGCCCUUCGUAAAGACACUGACUCGUCCCCCAGCUCAGAAAUCGAAUCACAAAUUGCGUCUCUACACGACCACAGAAUGGGUGGCUACCAACUGCAAGUUACCAAGCAUUGAGCUUGUUGACUCUGAAGAGCAAGCUGAUCUGCUUUGGUUUUCUCAAGAUUUCAAGGAGUUUGAUAAGCUAACGAAAGGACAAACAAUCAAUCAGCUCGAGAACGAGUCCUGUGUCACGUUUAAACAUAAUCUGGCAGCAUUGAUCAAGGCAGCUUAUGGGACUGUCCCAUGGUCAUCCACUACUUACAACCUUACUACAGAGUUGGCUCAGUUUGUGGGUCAUUAUCUCUGGAAUCAAGCGCAUGGACAUCGGAACUUAUGGAUAUGCAAGCCAUGGAACAUGGCUCGUGGUCUGCAAAUUACGAUUCAACAGGAGUUAGCCCCCUUGGUUAGACUUCGAGAUACUGGUCCAAAAAUUGUGCAAGAGUACAUCCAGACGCCUGUUCUCUAUGAAGGCCGCAAAUUCGACUUGCGAUACAUUGUAUUAUUGAAGGCAACCCAUAAGGUUGAAGGCGAUCCAAGCCAAGAAUACGAGUUCCAGUUGAUGGUCUACAAAAUGUUCUGGAUCCGUCUGGCCAACCAACCAUUCGAGCUUAAUGACUUUGAUAACUAUGAGAAGCACUUUACUGUCAUGAAUUAUGGCAACUACAACUUGACACAGUUGCUGUACACUAAAUUCAUCGAGAAUUUUGAGAAAGAGCAUUCAAGCAAACACGACAAGAAAUGGGCAGACAUCCAGGCAGACAUCAACGAGUCCAUUAAGGCCAUCUUUGCUGCAGCUGUUGUCAAGUCUCAACCUCAAGGAUUGGGUGCUCAGGAUGCCAAGGCCAAGACACAACCUUAUGAAGCGUUCUCGGUCUAUGGCAUUGAUGUAAUGUUGAAGGAUAACUGUCAGCCUGUUAUUGUUGAAGUCAACUUCUCGCCUGACUGUACUAGAGCCUGUAAAUACGACCCAGAAUUCUUGAACAAUAUUUUAACCGUGGUGGAUCCUCGUGCUGGAGAUAUUAACAAGGCUCUCAAGGCCUUUAACAUUUUGUAAUUUAAAUCUUAAAAGAAAGUGUAAGAGAUAAUAAAAAAUCGACAAUAACUCUCUAAUAAACUUACAAUCAGGAAUAU